AUGGAGUUCGAGAAAAUGGUUGUGGAUCCAUCAAACACGCGGCUGUAUGUCGCCGGCGUUAACUAUCUCUACGAUUUGCAUUCGUCUGAUCUUUCCGUGCGAGUAGAAGCUGUAACGGGACCGAUGGAUGAUUCAGAUCAGUGCAAAGGAGUUUUGCGAGAACUUUUGGCAAACGGGUGGUUGCUCGUUCGCGGCCGUGAAUUUUUCAUUGGCAAUCUGCGUAAGAGGUUUCGCAUAGUUUUUACAUCGCGGGCUUCCGCUCUGUGCACACAGGCUGAUGAGAAGGCCGUCGACAACGUUCCAACAGCCCCAGCACCGACGCCCCUCAUCGUGGAGUGCAGAGGUGGAGUCGAGUCUAUUCGCUCCAUUCACGAAACAACAUCUGGCGUAAUAUGA